AUAGUUUAUGUAUGAAUAUGCAAUAUCAAAACAGUAGACUAAAGACGGCAUGUGAUAGACGCAUAAAAAUAUUGAAAUAAUCACAUUAAAUGUGCAGGAAUAAUGAGAAUGACAUACAACAAGAACAAAAAAUAUCAAAGCUCGUGUAUACGAGCAGAAACAAAAUUUGUUUGACCGAUGAUUUAAACAAUAAAUCAAUCGACACAAAUCGUGCAUAAAGGCGUUGUCAAUACAAUAGACGUUUAUAUAUUAUUAGUUACGAUCAUUCCUGAAGUGAUUUUUCGAAUUUUUUAGUCUUAAUUUUUAUGUACAAUCUUAUGCAAGUAUUUUUUUCUUGAUUAUAUAUGAUGUAUUCAAGUAUCAAUGUGGAUGAAAGAAAAGAAAGAAUGUAUAUUCAUAUUGCCAAUAGUUUUAUCAGCUGAUUGUCAUUUAAAAACAAUAUGUGAAAGAUGUGUCACGAAAAAUUUUAAAUUAUACCAUCCAUAUAAUUUCUGUAGUACUGAAUAUUACAGUCUUAUUUAUAUUUUAUAAACUUUCAAUUAGAGAUAAAAACAGAACAAAGAUAUCAAUACAAUCCCUUGAAAGAAUGGGAAAUAAAAGUAGUUGCUGCGUUUAUUCUAGUCCUCAAGUUGGACGUAAAGAAUUAGGAUCUGAAGGUGUUACACGAGGUCUUGAAGAACAUCUACCUGAAGGUGGAAUUAGUGUUAAUAAUUUACAACAUAUUAGUGAACGUGAACCAGAAGACUGGGAUUCGGAUCCAUCAUUACAUCCUUGUGCUGGUACUAUUUUUAUGGAACGAUCUAAACAAGCUAUUGAAAAUGGUAUGGUAAGAAAAAAAAGUCAACAUCAAAUUGCAGAUAUAAGGCCUUUAAAAAAAAGUAGCAGCUGCAGUACAAUAUAUUUAGAUGAUAGUACUGUUUCACAACCAAAUCUCAAAAAUACUGUGAAAUGUGUUGCCUUAGCAGUUUAUUAUCAUAUUAAAAAUAGAACCUCACAGCGUCAAAUAGAUAUAUUUGAUGAGAAACUUCAUCCUUUAACGAGAGAAGGUGUUACAGAGGAUUAUGAUAAACAGAAUCCAGAACAUAAACAAAUUUACAAAUUUGUCAGGACAUUGUUUAAUGCUGCUCAACUUACUGCUGAAUGUGCCAUUAUAACAUUAGUUUAUUUAGAACGCCUGCUUACUUAUGCAGAAAUAGAUAUAACACCAGCCAAUUGGAAACGGAUAGUACUUGGAGCAAUUUUAUUAGCAUCAAAGGUGUGGGAUGAUCAAGCUGUAUGGAAUGUAGAUUAUUGCCAAAUUCUUAAAGAUAUUACAGUAGAAGAUAUGAAUGAAUUAGAAAGACAAUUUUUGGAAAUGCUACAAUUCAAUAUAAACGUUCCUUCAAGUGUAUAUGCUAAAUAUUAUUUUGAUCUUCGCACACUUGCAGAAGCAAAUGAAUUAACAUUCCCUAGUGAACCACUUAGUAAAGAGAAAGCUCAGAAAUUGGAAGCUAUGUCCAGAGUUUAUGAAGAUAAAGUUACUGCUGAAGCUUUACGUACUGGUAUUAAAAGAUGGUCAAGUUUAGAUAACAUAUGCUUAGGCGGACCUAGACGUAGUAUUGCCAUUCUAUCCUAAAUUUUAGAUAUAAGUAAUUAUAUUACUUAUAUCUAUACUUUUCAAUCAAGGUACGUGGUGCAAACCUACUUCACAUAAGUAUUAAUUUCAAAUUUUUUAUAAGCAUAUCAUUUCUAUUAUUCAUAAUAAUUUGUAUCUUUUUUUACUUAAAUAUUUUAAUGCAAUACAAGUUUUAUAAACAUUAUUUAACAAAUGUUAAAUUUUUUCAAUUAUUUUUGUUUCAUUGAUUUGUACAAUUACAUUUUUUAAUAAUAUUAGAGUAUAAAAUAAUAAAAUAUUAUAAUAAUUAAAUUGCUAACAUUUUUUUAUAAACAAACUUUUUAAAAUUUAUUAAAUUUUAUUAAUAUGUAUAUAAAUUACAUAUUAAAUUUUCAUUUUAUUUAAAUAAUAUAUCAAAAAAUUAUUUAUUUUAUAUAGUUGCUAUAAAAAUUAAUUUUUUAAUCAGGGACCUUUUAAUAUAUUAAAAUAAAAUGUUAAGGGUAAUAAUAAACUUUUUACUCUUUAUAUUGUUAAUGCUUCUUUGAUUAAAAGAAACAAAUUGUGAUAUAAACCAGUUAUUUUUAUUCGAAAAUAUUAAUUGAAUGAUUUCAUAAACAACUUCAUAAUAAAUUCACUAAUAAUAAUAUAAAAAAAUUUCAUAUUAAUUUAAAUUUAGUCUUUUUACAUUUUCUAUACAUAAAUAUUGUACAUUUUAAUAAAAUUUAUUAUAAAAUCAAUAAAAGUAUUUUAAGGAACUUGUAAAUCAAAGUUUUAUUAAUGAAAUAACGUGAUAUAUAUAAUGUAUCUUUUUCUUUUUAUUCAAAUAUUUUUCUAAGUUUGUAUUUAUAUAAUUUAAAUUAAUAUCAAUAUGAAAUAUAAGGAAUAUAAUUGGUAUAUAUUUUAUAGUAUUUAAAUAUAUCAUAGAUAUAUAUUUUAAAAAAUUUAUUUGAAUUUAAAUUGUAUAAUUUUUAUUUAUUCAAAUAUCAAUUAAAAAUUAAAAUUCAUUACAUAUAAAUAAUAUAAAUAUAAUAAUUAUAUACAUCUUGUAUGAUUAGAAUCUUCAAUCUUCAUUACAAACUUUUUGUAAUUUUUCAAUUUUAUUCUCAAUUAUUAUAAUUACAAAAUUAUAUUAUGAAACGAAAUUAUAUAAUAUUAUUGCUUAAACUAAUUUAAUAUUAGUUUUAUCAAUAUUAUUAAUAUUUGCUCUUCUUUUUAUAAAAUUUUAUAAAUAAUGAAAGUGCAAAGUUAUUAAUAAUUUAUUGAUAACUUUGUAUUUCUCAACUUUAUUAAAAAAAAUUUAUAUUUAUUCAAAAAAUAUAAAAAAUAUAAAAUUUAUUUAUAUAUAUACUUAUAUAUAUUUGUUUUAUUAUAUCAGUUUCAUAAAUAAAUUCUAAUUGUAAUUUUUAAAUUAUAAUAUAACAAGAAUAUAUUUUUAAAGAUUUUUAUUUUAUGUUUUAUGUAGUUACAAAAAAAAUAUAGUUAGAACAAUAAAAAAAGAUGUAUUAUCAAAACAAUAAUGUUACCUAUAAAUGAAAUUUAAUCAAGUAUCUCUUUCUUUUAGUUUAGAUAAAUUGAUAUUAAAAUUUGUAUUUAUAUAAAUUAAUGUUUAUAAAACUUUGAUCAUUAAAUAUGCAAGUAAUAAUUAAAUACUAUCAUAUAAAAAUAUUGAUUAUCAAUUUAUCUAUAAUUUAUAGCAAUUGCAGCAUUUUAAUAAAAUUUUUAAUAAAAUCAUUCUGUUAGUAUAUGGAAUUAUAUAAAUGAAAUAUUACUUGCAUUUCUAAUAAUUUUGAUUAUUCUAAAUGAUGAUAAUAUUACAUUUGACUGAUUAGAAAAAAACUCUUUUUAAUUCCUAAUUAAAAUUAAAAUGAUUAAUAUUUCAAUUCAUAUAAAUAUUUAUCAAAUAUAUAAAUUUUUUAUUGCAUCUGUAAUUAAAUUUUUUUAUAAAUGUUGCAAUAAGUUUCAAAUUAAUAUAUGAAAUAAUUUUUUAUAUAAUAUUACUAAAAAAAUAUUUAUUGUUGUGCAAUUCUUUUGUGUAAAAAAUACUUUUAAAUUAUCUAUUUUGUAAAAAAAAUUGUAAUUAAAUCAAUACUUAUUUUUAAA